UCGUGCAUGUCUCUGCAUCGCACUGACGUUACAGUUCCUGUUACAUGCAGCAUGCAAGUAAACAGCACUGAAAGCUACCACAUCCCCUACCUCAAGGGUUUUGAUUUAUUAUUACCAGCUUGCAGCAAGGAUUGUGAAAACCCAGCUGAGCUGAAUUAUUAACCUGAGUGCUAUGCUAUGUCCUUUCAGAAUGAUUUUAAGGAAAAAAAGAAAAACACUAUACUUUGCUUUGACUGCAUCAGUUGUUUUGUUGGUUUUCAAGUGGCAAAGUAGAAUACCAGCAAUUGACAAGGAUAAUGAAAGAAAACAUCGUGCUUUGGUUCCUGAAGUUACUAAUAAUGUGACUGAGACAAGCCUGUGCUUACCAAAUAAAGCAUACUUCAACCAGUCUGCAAAGCUACCCAAGGUAUACCAGAACUUCUUGGAAUAUAAACACUGCAGGACUUUCCAAACUUUGCUGAAACCAAAGGAAUGCACUGAAGAAUUGUUUCUUCUAUUAGCUAUUAAGUCCAUAGCUUCCAACAUAGACAGACGAAUCACAAUUCGAAAUACCUGGGGAAAAGCAGGAUUUAUCAAUGGAGUUGAAAUCAAACUGGUGUUUCUUCUGGGCGAUACCAAGGACUUCCAAGGUCAGCCACUGCAUCAGUUGUUGGCAUAUGAAACCAGGCGGUUUGGUGACAUCCUUCAAUGGGACUUCCAGGACAGCUUUUUCAACUUGACAUUGAAGGAGAUUCACUUACUCCAAUGGUUUGCUGCAGACUGUCGCUCAGCAAAAUUUGUUUUAAAGGGAGAUGAUGAUGUCUUUGUGAACACCAUGAACGUUUUGGAAUAUCUCAAGGAUCUUGAUCCAAAUCAGGACCUCUUGGCUGGGCACAUCAUUUACAAUGCGAAACCAAAAAGGAAUAAGAAAAUUAAGUAUUUUAUCCCUGAAAUCAUGUACAAACAUAAAACAUAUCCCCCCUAUGCUGGAGGUGGUGGUUAUAUAAUGUCUAGGAAAACUGUGUUACGUCUGUAUGAGGUAGCAGCCAAAAUAGACCUUUUCCCAAUAGAUGAUGUGUUUGUUGGGAUGUGUCUGUUACAGUUGGGGAUAAGGCCCACCUCACAUAUUGGUUUCAAGACGCUUGGUGUACCUAAUGCAUUUGCAUUCCAUCCAUGUUUAUAUAAAGAUCUCAUUGUGGUGCACAAACUGAACCCAGCAGAAAUGUGGAUUAUGUGGAGUUUAGUGACUGACACAAAAUAUAAUUGUGCAAAGAUACAGUGAGAAGAGCACCAAUGAAUUUGAACUUGAGAAAACCUCUGGGAUAAGCGCUGAGCUGGCGGGGUACUGAGAAACUGAAAGUCAAUAAGAUGCUUUAAUAAAAUCUGUUUUAUAAAGCACUGAUGGUAACAUUUAAGGGCAAGAAUAACAGAAAUGAAGAGAGUGGCAUAGUAUGGGCUCAAUUCCCACAUUUUGUGCAUUUUGUGACAAUAGAAUUGCUGUAACUCAAUCUGUUGUUCUGUUUAGCACUGUAAGCUAUUUCUGUGGAAGAACAUUGGAAAUUCUGUGAGAAACUUCAGAGCGAUCUUAAAUAGGAAUAGCAUGGGAACAAAUAUUUCAAAUGCAGUUUCAACAGUCAAUUGCAUUUACAUGUUCCUUUAAAAUAAUUGCAUGUGCUUUAUCACUUCCCAGGUGAAGAGAACAUCAGAGCACCAAUAGACACUGGCUUCUACUAUAUUUUAUUCUGCUUUUCUUUCUUAUUCAUUUAUGGGCCAUGGUCUUGCUAACAAGGCCUGAAUUUAUUGUCCAUCCCAAGUGCCCUUGGGAAGAUGGACUAUGAUGUUUGGUGUUGUGAAGGUACUCCUGUAGUAUUGAUGGGGAGGGAGUUUCACGACUCAGGCCCAAGGCUGGUGGCGGAAUGGCUGUACAUUUCCAUGUCAGGAUGGUUUGUGACUGGGAGGUGUACUGGGAGUUGCUGGUCUGCCUGUCCUUCCAGGUAUUAGAAGUCACAGGUUGUGAGUUGCUGUUAAAUUAGCCUUGGCAUGUAACUUGUAUAUACUGCAGCCAUGGUGUGCUGGUGGUUGGUGAAGUGAAUGGUGGUGAAUGGGGUGACAACCAAAUGGGUUACCUUGUUCUGGAAGGUGUUGAGCUUCUGGAGUACUGGUGAACCUGCACUCAACCAGGCAAAUGGAGAAUAUUCCAUUACUCUCUUGCUUUGUGCCCAAAGUGUAAAAACUUUGAGUCAAAAGGAAUUCUUGAGGGAAUUCACUGGGGAAUACCCAGCCUCUGACCUGCUCACACACUACUAUAUUUAGGUCAUUCCACUCCUCUGAUUUUCUCCUCCAAUUUUCUUUUGAAGACAUUGACUCUCUCACAGAACCAUACUUGUACAAAUUGUGUUCAGCUUCACUUUGGUAGGGGACUCUUCAAGUGUGAGAGUUAACAAUGAAUGCUGACAAACUGAUCUAUAAAAUUAUGAGAAGCAUAGACUGGGUAGACAGUCAGAAUCUUUUUCCCAGGGCAGAAAUUGCAAACACCAGAGGACAUGUUUUUAAUGUGAGAGGAGGAAAGUUUAAGAGAGGUGUGUGGGGCAAGUUUUUUUUAAACAGAGAGUGGCAGGUGCCUGGAACGGGCUGCUGGGGUAGAGGUGGAAGCAGACAUGAUAGUGACAUAUAAGAGGCUUUAAGAUAGGUGCAUGAACAGACAGAGAGUGGAGGGAUAUGGAUCAUGUGCAGGCAGAAGAGGUUUAGUUUAAUUUUGCAUCAUGUUCAGCACAGACAUCGCAGGCUGAAGGGCCUGUUGCCAUGCUGUACUGUUCUUUGUUCUAUAAACAAUCAACCUGUUAAGUAUGGAAUAGCUGAUUCUAAUCCAUACCUCUCCUGAUGAUUGCAUCCUCACAUCAGUAGGGGUCACCUCCAUUCAUUCAAUCAAAUCACCAACCCAGAUUUUAUCACCCAUUCCCUCCCACGAACCCCAUUAUAUCACCACCGCCAGCACCCUGAUCAUUAGUUUCCUCUGACUUAUACAGUAUGUUUCGAUUAGACUGUCCCCAUUUGAUGCCCGUCAUCUCGGUUUACACUGGAAUUUAGCAAAGAAAAAUUCAGUGCAGGAUCCUGCAAAUCACAAAGAUGUUUAGCCAUUGGGAGGCCAGGUGUACAAUGAGGAAAAGGCUGAGAAAGAAUUGGAGAAGAAUAAGUAACCCAAGGAAAAGUGUGUAUGAGGGGCAUGAAGAGAAAGAUGAAAACAGUGGACAACAACCAAAAACAGGGGAGACAGGGGCUGAAGAGAAGCCCAAGACAUGUUAAGUAUUAGAGGAACAAUUUAUAAUAGAGCUGACGUUAGCAAUAUCGCAUGUAAUAUUUGUAAAAUUUGUGAACACAACCCUUCACACGGUAGUGUAGUGGUUAGCGUAAUGCUAUUACAGCGCCAGCGACCCGUGUUCACUUCCGGCCGCUGUCCGUAAGGAGUUUAUACGUUCUCCCCGUGUCUGCGUGGGUUUCCUCUGGGUGUUCCAGUUUCCUCCCACAUUCCAAAAGACAUACAGGUUAGGAAGUUGUGGGCAUUGCUAUAUUGGCGCCGGAAGUGUGGCGACACUUGCGGGCUGCCUCCAGAACAGUCUACGCAAAAGAUGCAUUUCACCGUGUGUUUUGUUGUACAUGUGACUAAUAAAGAUAUCUUAUCAAAAAUUGAUAGAAGUAACUUCAAUGCAAGAAUGAUUGAAAGAUAAUUGUUCAAAAGGUUAUUGAUACACUUUAUGGAAAGGCUCAACAGAAACUCUCCAAGAUAUCAACUGAGACUCAAUGGGCAGCACCCCUGCUUCUGAGUCAGGAGGUUUCGUUUUGAAGUCUCACUGCAGAGCCUUGAGUGCAAAAACCUACAUUAUUGUUGUAGGACAGCAGAGGGAGUGCUGUCGUUCAGGUGAGGUGGUAUACUGAAGCUGUAUCUGUUUGAAACAAAAACAGAAAUGCUGUGGGCGGAGAAACCAGGAUCUGUUUGUUCAGAUGUUUGUAAAAGAUCCCAUGACAUCAUUUUUGAAGAGGAAGGGGGUUAUCCUUCAGUUUCUGGCCAAUAAUUAUCCCCCCAGCAACUUUUCAAAAAACCUAUUCUUGACGCAUUGCAUUGUUUCAGGAUAUUGUGUGAUAUGGUUGCAGCACUUCCUACACUGAACAGUGUCUGUGCUUCAGAGAGACUUCAUUGGCUGUAAGUCACUUUGUGGCCUUGUGAAAUGGAGAUCUUCCCCUUGGAACUCAUUCACUUGAAGACUUCAUUGAUUUGAAUUUAAAGUAAAAUAAAACAUUAAUAUUUUAUUAUCUAAAGUUAAAUAUGAGUUGGCAAAAUGUCUUCCCAUCUACUUUGGUUUUAAUUGCUGGAUGUUCCUAAAUUCUUCAGUUAACAGGACAUGCUGUCUUAGUAUAUCACCAAAGAAGCUAUUUCCAACAAAAUAAUUUAAGAUAUGAUUAACUGGCUGAUUGAUUUUUUUAUAUAUUUCUUGCUGGUUGUAUUUCACCUUAUGUUGGUUCAGUUAACUUAUCAAAUAUUCCCAGGAAGUUGCUCUAUAGUGCCUUCACUUUGAUGGGGCUUUUAACCUAUAAGAAUGGACUGGAGUGUUGUUUUAACCAAUAUUGUGAUAUUUAAUGCUCAGUGUUCAAUAAUGCAGUCAUACAAGCACCCUUAACAAUCUGAGAGGUCACAGCGAUGUAGGCAAAAGCUUGUUUUCUUCAGAGCUAAAAAAUAUCUCUUGCAGUUCAUUUAUUUUCCACUCUUUCAUUUUAGGAAUUAUUGAUGGGUUAUUUACCCACACUCUAUUCAGUAAUUCCAUUGGUACUUUUUCCAUGAAGAUUCUAGCUGAGAUUUUUAGGGUUAAACAAUCACAAGGUUGUUGAUGAAUUGACACUUAAUGUAUGUCUGUGCACUGCUUAAAUACAUAUUUUGCACAACAGGUGGGAACUUUUACCCCCACAUUCCUUCAGUUAUGUUCACAACUUUCUAAAACAUUGAGGGAAGAUCUAGAAUAAAUCUAACCGUUAGAUUUCAUCCUCUUAAACUCAUUCCAACCUGGAUGUCACAUUUUCCCAAGUUAAACCUUGGUCCCAACCCUGGCCUCACCCACCAUCAUCACCAAGAUUUCUUACUGCACUUCUAUACCACCUAUCUCCUUCUCUACCUCAACCCACUUGCUGCUGAAUCACUCAUCCAUCCCUCUGUUACUUCUGUUACGGACUCAGUGAAUGUCCCUUUUAGAUUGUGUGUGUGUGUGUGUGUGUGUGUGUGUGUGUGUGUGUGUGUGUGUGUGUGUGUGUGUGUGUGUGUGUGUGUGUGUGUGUGUGUGUGUGUGUGUGUGUGUGUGUGUGUGUGUGUGUGUGGCGUGCUUACGUCAAUAGAAAAUAAAGGACGUAAUGACGUUGUUGAAGAAGUCAGAAGAGAGAGAGAAGGGAGAGAGACACCAGCCUGCUAGUGUUCUCUAUCGAUGGAUGAGAAACAAUAACUGUGUCUGCCACUGAAAUCCAUGUAUGGAAAUUGGAAGUAAUCCGGUGGAGUUCACUUUGUUGCUGACCUGUAGAAGGAAACGGGUAUUUGUGUGGACGCCCACGAUUCGGAUGCUUUUCGGGGUGAGGAAGUCACUACCGAGUAAACACUGAAGUGUCGUUUGGGUUCCAUCGUGGAACAUUUGGAUUUCGUAUUUACUCUCCCUAUGUUCUCUACAUCUACGUCUUAUCUUCAGACAACGGUGGUUGUUGAAGAAGCCUUUGCUCAUGUUUCACCUUAUGGCUUGCGGAACUGAACUUUAAGAACCAUUCCUGGACUUGGAGUUUGGGACUUUGUCACACACACACACGAAGAGUUUAGUUUUUGGGGUUAAUGUUCAAGGUUUAACAUUUUUGAAUUCUAACAUACUAACAUUUUUACUUUUAUUUUACGUAUGGUCAUAAGUAGUGAUUAAUAAAAUAGUUUUUAACACUGAAUCAUGCUCAGUGUGUUUCUUUUGUU